UAGCUGUGAAGCUCAAGCAAGGACCACCAAAUAUAAUGCCAAGAAAGUCGGUGUCCAUGGUAAUCAUAGCAGUGCUGCUGCUCUCGGUGUCCAUGGCGGCCGCGGCGCGCGUGCCGGCUGCAGUGGCGCCGGACUGCAACACCACCUGCGGCAACGUCAAGGUGCCGUACCCCUUCGGCAUGGGGCCGCGCCACUGCUACAGGCAGCCGGGGUUCAAGCUUAUCUGCGACCACAGGAGCACGCCCCCGCGGCUGCUCCUCGGCGACAGCGGCGAAUUCGAGGUCGCAGACAUCUUCCUGGAGAACAACACGAUGCGCGUCCGCAGCAGCCACGGGCUGAACGUGAGCACCAGCACCGGGCGUGGCCGGUGGAGCCUCGGGGGUGAUCGCGUCGGCGUGCAACCGCCGCCGUACGUGCUGCUGCCGGACUUCAACGAGUUCAUCCUCACGGGGUGCAACGUCCAGGCGACGCUGGUCCGAGAUGGCAGCAUCGUCAGCGGCUGCGCCUCCUUCUGCUCUGCCACCAACGACGGCGAGCUGGUCACCGGCACGUUUGCUCCCAACGGCACGAUCUGCUCCAACAUCGGUUGCUGCCAGUCGACCAUCCCCAUCGACGACGCCACCUAUGACGUGCGCAUCAGGCGUCUUGACCUCGACGAUGGCGGCCCACGGCCGAAGGUGGACGCAGCAGCCGGCGGUGACUUGCCGUUGAACGUGAUCAUCGCCGAGACGGGCUGGCUGAGCCAAGAUAUUGCCAGCUAUCUCAACAACCCAGAGCAUUCCCCACGGCCGAAAGCAGGGCUGCGGCGGGUCCCCGUCAUUCUCCAGUGGGCCGUGCCGCACGGUGCGGCAACGACUGACCUCGACACACGUGCGUGCCCCGGCGAUGCUGCCCGGAGCAUUUGCAAGAGCACCAACAGUGAGUGCAGAGACGAGGCUUAUUAUACGCUUAGAGGCUACUCAUGCCAAUGCAAGGAGGGUUACCAGGGCAACCCUUACCUCACCGGUGGAUGCCAAGAUAUCAAAGAAUGUGAUAGGAAAGAAGAACAUGGGUGCUUCGGCGAUUGUCAAGAACUACCCGGGAAGUUCAGUUGUAGGUGCCCGAGAGGAACUUACGGGAACCCCAAAGUACGCAAUGGUUGCGUAAGGCCCACCGUAGAAACAGGUCACAACUCGGGAUUAAUCAUUGGUCUAUCGGUUGCUAGUGGCCCAUGCAUUCUAAUUUUGGUGCUUGGAGCACUCCUAUUAAUUCGUGAUUUCGAGCAACGCAAGGUGAAUAUGUUGAGGAGGAAAUGGUUCAGUCAAAAUCGUGGGCAAUUGUUGAAGCAAUUGGUAUCUCAUAGGACAGACAUUGCAGAGAGGAUGAUCAUUCCGUUAGGGGAGCUAGAGAAGGCCACCAACAAUUUCGACCAAGCUCGUAAGGUUGGCGGUGGAGGGCACGGCACUGUCUACAAAGGGAUUUUGUCAGACUUGCAUGUUGUGGCCAUCAAGAAAUCAAAGAUUGUGGUGAAGAGAGAAAUUGAUGAGUUCAUAAAUGAGGUUGCCAUACUCUCGCAGGUCAUUCAUAAGAAUAUUGUGAAGCUUCAUGGCUGUUGCCUUGAGACAGAAGUUCCUUUAUUGGCCUAUGAGUUCAUUUCCAAUGGAACCCUCAACGAUCAUCUUCACAUAGAAGCACUGAACUCACUGCCUUGGAGAGAUAGGUUAAGGAUCGCAAGUGAAAUAGGCAAAGCUCUUGCUUACCUCCAUUCUGGUAUUUCAGCCCCCGUAUUACAUAGAGAUAUCAAGCCUUCCAACAUACUUCUUGAUGAUGCCUUGACAGCGAAAGUGUCAGACUUUGGUGCUUCAAGGUAUAUUCUUAUGGAUCAAACAGGGGUAACAACAACUUUAGUGCAAGGAACUAGAGGGUAUUUGGAUCCUAUGUACUAUUAUACAGGUCGACUGUCGGAUAAGAGUGAUGUUUAUAGUUUUGGAGUCCUCCUUAUUGAGUUGCUUACUAGGAAGAAGCCAACUUUGUAUGUGUCAUCCGAAGGUGAUGGUCUUGCUGCACAUUUUGCAACAUUGUUUGCGGAGGGCAAUCUGUUGAAAAUAGUAGAUCCGCAGGUUGUAAAGGAGGGAGGUAGGGAAGUCGAAGAAGCAGCCGCUCUAGCUGUGUCGUGCAUAAAAUUAAGAGGAGAGGAGCGGCCAACUAUGAGGCAGGUGGAGAUGGCAUUGGAAGCCCUAGUUGCACCGGGGGAACAUGCUAUCGAAGAUUUGGCAGCAAAAACAGAUGAGGAGAAACAUGUUGCACUGAGUUAUCCAUCGGCUAGCAGAAGAUCAAACAUAGAGGACCCGAGCAGAUGUUAUAGCCUAGAAGAAGAGUUCAUGUUUUCUGCGAGAUACCCUCGAUAGGUUUUUUCCUUGUGACUAAAUGUAUGCGUGAUGCGGUUUUGUCCUUAUUUGUGGCAAAAGUGUGUUUUUAGUGAAAAAUAUAUUUUCGACGCUUUUGUAUAUUUAUUUCCUGGAGUCAAAGGGACAAUGUGUUACAUGCAUUUUCUAAACCAAACG